AUGACUGCUCCCGCUUUAAAAGCAGAAGAAGGGGAUGAUGAGGACAAUUUAAGGAAAAAGAAAAAUAACUAUUUUUUCUUUUUCUCCAAAAGUGAAAAAAAUGCUACUACGAAGAAAAUCCCUAAAAGUAAAAAUGAGGUAGACAUAAACUUUUAUGAAGAAGAACCAUACUUGGAUGAUAAAGUUAAUGACGUCGACUACAUCAUUUUAAUAAUUCAUGGAAUAGGAUCCAAUGAAGAGAUCAUUACAAAUCAAUGUGAAGAUCUCAAGAAUAGUUUCAAAAUUGUAAAAAAAAUGUGGUUUUUUGAUUAUCCUUUUAAUAUCCAUUUCCACAUAUUCAACUGGAAGAAGUACAUAAUAGACGCACAGAUUCACGUCUUCAACCGGAUAAAUAUCAACACCAUGGCGGAGACCAGAAAGAUCGUGAACCUGUCCGCGGGGGACAUCAUAUGCUUUCUGCACCCAAGAUAUGGCGAUUACAUAAUGUCAAACCUGUACAAUGAUAUAAACAAGGCACUAGAAUCUUUAAAGAGUGACCCCAGCGGAAGGUUCAAAAAUUCGAAGGUUUGCCUGUUGGGCUAUUCCCUCGGGAGCGCUAUGGCGUAUGAAAUUUUGCACAAUGUCAAAGUAAGAAUCAGUAACAGCGAUUUAAAGUACAACCUAAAGAGUAAAAUCGAUUACUUCUUCAUGUUGGGAAGCCCUCUAAGUGCGUUAUUAUCAUUGUACAAGCCAGACUACAUAAACGAGGGGUUAAGGUUAAUGGAGGGGAUCAAAUUUUACAACCUCUUCCAUGGAUUUGAUCCCGUUGCAUUCAGAAUAGAGCCGCUCAUAUAUCCUAAAAUAAAGAACAUACCAGAACCCGUUUUGAUAAAUUAUUGGAGAAAUAAUGGAGCUAGAUAUUGGUUUGAAUGGGAUAAAAAUAUGCAAAAUGCAAAAAUAGCUAUUGUCCAGAAUUUAAAUGAUUUUACAUCUGCCAUCACAAAUGGGUUCUACAAAUUUAUCGGAAAGUCUGAAUCUAAUGAAGAAGAAGAACAAGGUACAUUAAAUAAAAACCUCUGCUACAAGGGAGAAAGUAAAAACAUAAAUAUGUUCUUGUCCAAGGUAAAGGAAAAUCAAAGAAAAAUGGCUUUACAAAAAAGAAAAAUGGAAAGAAAAAACGGAAAAUUUAAAACCGUUAAGGAUAAACCACCAUCAUCUUAUCCUAAUAUAAUAACUGAACAAGAGGAUGAAGCAAAGGUUUACCAAAAUGGAAAUAAUUCUAAUAAUGAUUUUCAGAGUGAUGAUUAUUUAUCAGCAGAUAAUUCAAGCUAUGUGGACAGCACCAAAAGCAUUUGUGCGUCACAAGAUUCGAAUAGCGAAAUGUCUUUUUUUGAUCAAAAUUUUAGUGAAAAUUCUGGUGAAGACUCUUUAGAGGGGAAGACAUCCAAGGGGGAAGUUACCAAAAAAGGAAACACCCGCAUCACCUCCUAUAGUCAUAAUGCGGAUGCACCGCACACAAGUAACAAACAGGAUGGGGGAAAUGCACAUAAGAAGGUGAACAACACGUUCGAUAAAGCGGCAGACGAACUGCCCCUCCGAUACGACUACCAAUUACAAGAAUUCAUCAUGGAACAUUAUAUCUACCCCUUAGCGGUUGCAAAAUCACAUUUUAAUUAUUUCAUAAUCAAGGAUAUCUCAUUUUUCAUACUUAAGGAGUUACUAAACAGGACAGCAACCCUAAGCUAUGAAGAUUACCUAACUCAAAUAGAACAAGAAUAUAAUAACAAAUCCAUACAUGAACAAGAUCAUGCUAAAAAGGAACAAUACUUAAAGAUAUCCUUGAAGGCCAGCAAAACGCUUGAAGAAUUUCGUAGGUAUGAGAAAAAUGUACAAGCCAUGUCCGAUCCGUUUAACAUGAAAAAUUUAAAAAGUCUCAUUUGA